CCGCCCCGCUGCAGCUUCCUGCUCCGGCCACCACCCCCGCCCCUCCCACAGCUCCGGCCGCUCACUGAUGGACGGUGGUUCGUAACGCGAGCCCCAUGGUUCCGGUUGGCGGGCUCCUCCUCCGCUGCGCCGGCCCGGUGGCGGGGAUCCGAGCGCUGCCAAGGGCGCUCUGCAGUUCCGCAGCGGAUACAGCGAUGCCGAACUCAGAAGCCGCUCCCGUUUCCCCGGUGAAGAACAUCGUUCUCAAGUUCGCCAAACUGAGCGAGAACGCGUACCGGCCGACGCGGGGCUCGGAGCGGGCGGCGGGUUACGACCUUUACAGUGCCUAUGAUUAUGUGAUCCUUCCUCAGGAUAAAGCUAUUGUAAAGACUGAUAUUCAAAUUGCACUUCCUUCUGGGUUCUAUGGCAGAGUGGCUCCAAGAUCUGGACUGGCAGCAAAACACUUCAUUGAUGUUGGAGCUGGGGUUAUUGAUGAGGAUUACAGAGGAAAUGUUGGUGUAGUUCUGUUCAAUUUUGGAAAAAAAAGUUUUGAAGUUAAAAAGGGUGAUCGAAUAGCUCAAUUGAUAUGCGAACGCAUCUGCUAUCCAGAACUGGAGGAGUUAAAGAGCCUGGAUGAGACUGAACGAGGUGCAGGUGGCUUUGGGUCCUCUGGUACAAACUGAACGUGAUGUUCUGCCAAAACAUGUCAGACAUUGCCUAAUUCUCUUCAGAGAUGUUUCAAGCUGUAGAUUCUUCAUGAAAAGUUGUGAUCUAUGGUCCAUUUGUUUUGCAUUUUGUCAGAAUGUCAAAGCAAAAAAGACUUCAUGUAUGUUUGAGGCUGGUUAUGAAAUAGAGGUCUCUAUGGUGACUGUAUGUAAGCUACUGCUAGAAGAACGGGAUGUAAUUCAUUUGGUUAUUUUGGUAAUAAAAGUUGACUUUUUUUUUUAUGGA